UUAUUUUUCUUCUCGUGCUUCGAUCAUGACGACCAAAAGUUAUGGAAUGAAGGUCCACAUGAGUAUGUGCGAAAAGGUUAUGAAAUGCUUUCAAAAUGAGCUGACAUUGUUAGAAAAGGUUCGGCAUCCUAAUGUGGUUCAGUUUGUGGGAGCUGUUACUCAGAAUAUACCCAUGAUGAUUGUUUCAGAGUACCAUCCAAAAGAAACCUCUCGUUACAAAUAUCAUGUGGAUGAACUUACUUUACUACACGUUGCCUUACUUCUCCACCUCUACCUCCACUGCUCUACCCUAUGGUUUUUCGUCUACUAAAAUUUGAAAGUUCAACUGUUCUGUUUCAUUUCCUCAAAGUUGCCACUUGGGUGUAACUGGACUGAACCUGGGUUGUUUUGGUUUUGCUUAUUUCAAGCCACACCCAUUUACACUUUAAUCUUUUGAUUUCCUAUAGUUUCUGAGUCUUUUCUGUCUUAUUUGGAUUGAGUUUAUCUUGCUUUUACAUAAGCUUUGAUGGAGAUGUGAGUACAGGUUAUAUAUACAGAAGUUUUCUUAAUAUUUUUGACAUGGGUUUCUCUUAUCUUCUGAUAUUUCUACAGUUGAUUCAGAAUUUCUUUCUUACUUGAAUUGGGUUCUUAUUUUUCCACAAGUUUUAUUCAGAUAUUAUCACAGGCUCACAGCAUUUUCCUUAAUGUUAGGGACUUGGGUUUUUGCAGUCAUUUGAUUUCUUGUGCUGUUUUGAAAACAUCUCUCUUGCUUUAAACUGGGUUCUUGCAUGCUCAUAAGCUUUCAUGGAUAUGAUACUACUAGUUGUCAGUAUAGCAGUUCACUCAGUGUUCUUUAUUUGGGUGAUAGUAGAAUUUUUCAUGGAGUGGAAGAGAUGUUUGGAUGAUGAAGAAAUAAAACAUGAAACCGUUGAUAGAAAAUCUAUGGUUCUAAGUGAGGUUGUUGUUCUUUGUAAUGUUUUAAUCUCUAUUUCCUAUUUGGGUUUUCUUGUUUUUGAGAUAUUGUGAGCAGAUUCAAGUUUUGUCGAGUUUCAUCGAGUUUUCUUUUUUCAAGUUUUAUGAGUUUUGACUAGUCAAGUGGACUGAAUCUUGAACAAGUCUUGACUGAAUUGUGACUAAAUUGAUUUUUUUUUUUCCUUCCUUUUUUCAAGUCUGGGUUAAAUCUAAAAUUUUCUUAACGAAAUCAUGUGGAAGUUUUCAGAAUGCUG